CUUCAUCAUGACAAAGGAUUGCCAAGGAGCGAGUUUGGCGGAGCCAUCCCCGUAAACGGAUUACUACUCCUCCUCCUCCAUGGGACGCCCCUCCAUCCGCUAGUCCAGUCCUCGGAAGCGGCCGGGCACCGACGACGAGGGUGAAGUGAAGAAAUAGUCUCCCAGCUGAACUACUAUGAGGUCAGAAGCCUUGCUGCUAUAUUUCACACUGCUACACUUUGCUGGGGCUGAUUUCCCAGAAGAUCCUGAGCCAAUCAGUAUUUCGCAUGGCAACUAUACAAAACAGUAUCCGGUAUUUGUGGGUCACAAGCCAGGACAUAACACCCCGCAAAGGCACAAAUUGGACAUCCAGUUACUCAUGAUCAUGGAAAGAACCCUCUACAUUGCUGCUAGGGAUCAUAUUUAUACUGUUGAUAUAGACACAUCACACACAGAAGAAAUUUAUUUUAGCAAAAAAUUGACGUGGAAAUCCAGACAGCUCGAUGUAGACACAUGCAGAAUGAAGGGGAAACAUAAGGAUGAAUGUCAUAACUUUAUAAAGGUUUUUCUAAAAAGAAGUGAUGAUACAUUAUUUAUUUGUGGGACAAAUGCCUUCAGCCCUUCUUGUAGGAAUUAUAAGAUGGAUACUCUGGAGUUUAUGGGAGAGGAAUUCAGUGGAAUGGCCAGGUGUCCUUACGAUGCAAAGCAUGCCAAUGUUGCAUUGUUUGCAGAGGGAAAGCUUUAUUCUGCAACUGUGACAGACUUCCUUGCAAUAGAUGCAGUCAUUUACCGGAGCCUUGGAGACAGCCCAACUCUACGAACAGUCAAACAUGACUCAAAAUGGUUGAAAGAGCCGUAUUUUGUCCACGCAGUGGAUUAUGGCAACUAUAUUUAUUUCUUCUUUCGAGAAAUAGCAGUAGAGUACCACAGCAUGGGAAAGGUCAUUUUUCCCAGAGUCGCUCGGGUUUGCAAGAAUGACAUGGGUGGAUCCCAACGAGUGUUAGAAAAACAGUGGACUUCCUUCCUGAAGGCACGACUCAACUGCUCAGUUCCUGGUGACUCCCAUUUCUACUUCAACAUACUGCAGGCAGUUACAGAUGUUGUCCAUAUCAAUGGCCGGAAUAUUGUUUUAGCUACUUUCUCCACCCCUUAUAACAGUAUCCCCGGCUCGGCUGUUUGCGCUUAUGAUAUUCUUGACAUUGCUAAUGUAUUUACUGGAAGAUUCAAGGAACAGAAGUCCCCAGAUUCAAUAUGGACUCCAGUUCCUGACGAACGAGUGCCUAAGCCCAGGCCUGGUUCCUGUGCUGGUUCUACAUUACUUGAAAAGUAUACAUCCUCCAAUGAAUUUCCAGAUGACACUCUAAACUUCAUCAAAACACAUUCUCUCAUGGAUGAAGCAGUACCAUCAAUUGUCAACAAGCCAUGGUUUCUACGGACAAUGGUCAGAUACCGCCUGACCAAAAUUGCUGUAGAUAAUGCUGCUGGACCAAAUCGGAAUCACACUGUGGUUUUCCUUGGAUCAGAGAAAGGAAUAAUUUUGAAGUUCUUGGUCAGGACAGGAACUAGCGGUUUUCUAAACGACAGCCUUUUCCUGGAGGAGAUGAGCAUUUAUAAUUCUGAAAAGUGUAGCUACGAUGGAGUAGAAGACAAACGAAUUGUGGGCAUGCAACUGGACAAGCAAAGCAGUGCCCUUUAUGUAGCAUUUUCAAACUGUUUAAUAAGAAUUCCCCUAGGAAGGUGUGAGCGCCACAGCAAGUGCAAAAAGGCCUGCAUAGCUUCCAGGGAUCCAUAUUGUGGAUGGAUAAAAGAAAGUGGGGCAUGCAUGCAGCUAUUACCUGGAACAAAACUAGCAUUUGAGCAAGACGUAGAGCAUGGCAAUACCGAAGGGCUGGGCGACUGCCAAAAUUCGUUCGUAGCACUGAAUGACAUUUCAACUACUUCAUCAGAUCAUGAAAUGUCUUAUACAACAGUGUAUGGACACACCAGUUCCCUCUUCCCCAGUGCCACCACUUCAGACUCUCCAGCCCAGCAGGGCUAUGAUCCUAGGGGGCGCAUGCUAGAUUGGAAGGAUCCAGUUGGUUCAUCUGAGAACACAAAUCCAUAUGUGGCCGUCUCAUCCCAUAAUCACCAAGACAAGAAGGGAGUGAUUCGUGAGAGUUAUCUCAAAGGGCAUGAUCAGCUGGUGCCUGUUACCCUUCUGGCCAUUGCAGUCAUUCUUGCCUUUGUCAUGGGGGCUGUCUUCUCGGGGAUCAUAGUGUACUGCAUCUGUGACCAUCGACGCAGAGAUGUGACUAUUGUGCAGAGGAAGGAGAAGGAAUUGGUCCAGUCACGCCGGGGUUCAAUGAGCAGCGUCACCAAGCUCAGUGGCCUCUUUGGGGACACUCAGUCCAAGGAGCCAAAGCCUGACGCCAUUCUCACCCCCCUGAUGCACAAUGGCAAACUUGCUACCCCAGGCACCACAGCCAAGAUGCUCAUCAAAGCUGACCAACAUCACCUAGACUUGGCUGCUCUGCCAACCCCAGAGUCUACCCCAACAUUGCAGCAGAAGAGGAAGCCCAGCAGAGGCAGCAGAGACUGGGAGAGAAACCAGAACCUUAUCAAUGCCUGCACAAAAGAUAUCCCCCCAAUGGCAUCACCUGUAAUCCCGACAGACCUUCCUCUCAGGGCUUCUCCCAGCCACAUCCCAAGUGUUGUAGUCCUGCCUGUUUCUCAGCAAGGCUAUCAACAUGAAUAUGUUGAUCAGCCAAAAAUGAGUGACAUGGCGCAAAUGGCUAUGGAGGACCAAAAUGCGACCCUUGAGUACAAAACCAUCAAAGAGCAUCUCAGCAGCAAGAGCCCUAACCAUGGGGUGAACCUGGUGGAAAACUUGGAGAGCAUGCCACCAAAAGUACCCCAGAGGGAAGCCUCGUUGGGUCCCCCAGGGUCUUCUCUUGCUCAGAGUGGCCUGGGCAAGCGGUUGGAAAUGCAUUCUUCUGCUUAUAAUGUGGACUACAAGAGAAACUACCCUACGAACUCGCUUACGAGAAACCAUCAGACAUCAACUCUCAAAAGAAAUAAUACAAAUUCUUCUAAUUCCUCCCACCUUUCAAGAAAUCAGAGCUUUGGCAGAGGAGAAAAUCCCCCUCCUGCCCCACAGAGAGUGGACUCAAUACAAGUCCAUGCUGCUCAGGGUCAGACUGUGACUGUAUCAAGGCAGCCCAGUCUCACCACAUACAACUCACUGACGAGAUCAGGGCUGAAACGCACACCAUCAUUAAAACCAGAUGUACCCCCCAAGCCCUUUUCCCCUCUGUCAUCGUCCAUGAAGCCUAAUGAUACAUGUACAUAAUCACCAUGGGGGUGGGGGUGGGGGGACAGCAGGUGACCGGAGUAUGCCCUUAAAAUGCCAGUGUUUGGCAAUGACCACACUGCUAGUUUCAACUAACCAGGAAGCUGCUAAGCCUGCGGAUAUAUUGCUCUCUGGGGAAAGUGGAAUAUUUUUUUAACAAUCGGGCCAUGCAAUCCAUGGUUUGCCACUGUAGGGCCCACCCCCAUGAUGAAACAGUUCCUUACUCAAAAGACUAACCACAAACAUUGAGCCAAAAGCACACACAUGAAUGAUGACUGUGAUACUUCACUCUUAACUGCACAGUGCACCCCAGAACUGAAAAACGGGUGCUUUGAAAGCGAAGGAAUGGAGAGGAAAGAACAACCAAUAACAACAACAAAAUUUGUUGAUUUAAGCUAAUUCUAACUGAACUGUGGCAGACUUUUACUAUGCGCAGGUACUGUGAAAUGCCCAUCAGUGUUACAGCCAUUUGGUUAUAGCAGUUUGCCAUGUUGGGCAACAACUCUGUCAUAGGUUUCUGCUACUCUUCUCUUUUAAUGAAUAACAUGUGACUGUUAACGCAAGUAACUCCUAUUAUUUAUUGUUCAACUUUUUUGUCUUUUUUUAAUUCCUAAGGAAAUUACUUCUGCAUAUCUUCAUAUGAGCAGCUCUCUCAAGAGGGGGAAAAACCCAACACCCAAAUACAUUGGAAAUUAUGCCUAUUUAACGUGAAACCCAUUAACUGGAGUAAUUAAUACUCUUUUUAUUUUUCCAAUAAAUUCACUGAGUUAAAUAAGAA